AGCUAGGAGUAGGAGGACCGAAGGGAGUGUGGGCGGUGACGAUACAAUGCGAGAAUGGGUCAGUACAGACAGUCAGGGAUGGAGAGGCUCGGAUUACUACGUGGCAACGGCUCCGACGUGGCUAUCGGGAUCCGAACGCCGGGUCGGAGUCGCCGAUCGGGUCGAUCCCAAGUUAGAAUCUCCCCCACCUCUGCUCUCCUUGUUGUCCUUGUCUCCUUAGUUCUCCUCCUUACUCUUCUCGCCUACUUUUACCUCUCCCUCACCAGCCCCUCCUCCUCAGGUGAAGAUGCUCAGGAAGAUGAUUCAGACUUUCUCACAAAUGUGACACGCACCCAGACUUCUAAGGUCCUUGGGUUUGGCAAGGGUUCGGUAACGCAUGGCCGAGACUCUAGGUAUUGGGAUACAGAUGAUAGGAGAAGGGAUGAAGACUAUAAUGAGGAUACUCCCGUGGAAGUUAACAAGGAAGAGGCGUCUUUGAAAUCUAAUCAUGAAUAUCUCGAAAAGGGACAUGAUGCUGAUGAUGAGUAUGAUGAUGGGCUUGAUUCUCAACAAACUCAGAUGGAUGAAUAUGAUGAUACUAAUAGUGCUCUUCCUCAUACUGGAAUCAAUUACGAAAAUGUUUCCAGCAAGGUCCCCACUCACAACUCUCGCAACCUUGAUCAAGUUGACACAAAUUCUAGGCAUCCUUCAAAAAGGUCGCGCUCAGAUUCAAAAAGGAAAGCAAAGCGCCGUAAGUUUUCUGGUUCUUGUGAGAUGAAGUUCUUAAACUCCACUGCACAGCUUAUAGAGCCUUUAGAAAGUAGAAAGUUUGCGAGAUUUUCCCUGCAGUAUACUGAAAUAGAAGACAAGCCCGAAGGACAAGAGCAAUGGAAACCUAGAUUUGCGGGGCAUCAAAAUUUGCAAGAACGGGAAAGUUCAUUUUUGGCACGCGAUCAAAAGAUUAACUGUGGCUUUGUCAAAGGUCGUAAAGGAUCUCCAAGCACUGGAUUUGACUUGGCGGAAGAUGACACAAAUUAUAUCAGCAGAUGCCAUAUUGCUGUUAUCUCUUGCAUCUUUGGGAAUUCAGAUCGCUUGAGAACGCCUUAUGGUAAAACGGUCUCUCGUUUUUCAAGGAAGAAUGUUUGCUUUGUUAUGUUCAUGGACAAGGUUACUUUGCGUACCCUUUCUUCAGAAGGGCAAACUCUAGAUAGAAUGGGUUUUAUUGGUUUGUGGAAGAUUGUUGUGGUGAAGAACCUUCCAUAUGCUGAUAUGCGGAGAGUGGGAAAGAUACCAAAGCUUUUGCCUCACAGGCUUUUUCCUUCUGCAAGGUAUUCAAUUUGGUUGGACAGCAAGUUGCGUCUUCAACUUGACCCCUUACUCAUAUUGGAGUACUUUUUGUGGCGAAAAGGUCAUGAGUAUGCAAUUUCGAAUCACUACGAUCGACACUGUGUAUGGGAAGAGGUUGCCCAGAAUAAAAAAUUGAACAAGUAUAACCAUACCAUCAUAGAUGAACAGUUUGCAUUUUACAAGGAUGAUGGUCUUACAAGAUUUAACGCAUUGGAUCCGAACAAGCUUCUUCCCAGCAAUGUACCGGAAGGUUCUUUUAUCAUCAGGGCACACACUCCAAUGUCAAAUUUGUUUUCCUGUCUUUGGUUCAAUGAGGUUGAGCGGUUUACUCCUCGGGAUCAGCUAAGUUUUGCCUAUACAUACCAGAAAUUAAGAAGGAUGAAUCCUGAAAAACCUUUUCAUCUUAACAUGUUCAAGGAUUGUGAGAGAAGAGCCAUAGCUAAGUUGUUUCGCCACAGGUCGGAAGAGAAGUCGAGUACUAGGCAAAGAGCUACCGAGUAGAAUGUCUUCAAGAUUUGCCUUUGCUGAGUUCUAUUCUAUGGCCGAUGUUUGGCCAGUGUAGCAGAUUGCUGACCUUCAAUGUGCUAGGGAUUUUGUAGUCUUAAUUCUGUUGUUGCUGACCUUCUAUGUACCAUCGCUGCAGUUGCUUCUACCACCGAGACGUACCUAUUUCGAGAAGAACCUUAACUCUGUUGUAUUCAUCCCAUUUUUUCAUUCAUUGUCCUCCAGGAUGCAAGUGAAGUAGCCAAUACCAUAGCACACAACUACCACUAUAUCCCAAUCAUAGUUCUCUAUGUUGCCUUUUGUUCUGAUUUGAUCCUUAUCACCCCCUUCCCUUUUCUCUUACACAGGAAUUGGAUAUUCAGGUUAUGUUGUUUUUGUAACGAGUCAUUCUACCAUGUACUACAUAUUCGGAUAAGCGAGAAAGCAUGUACUAUAUAAAAAUUCUCAGUAAUUGGUACUGUA